CAGGCCCACUGGAUCCAGGCCUUUGAACUUAUAAAUUCAUGGGAGAACUGGAAACUCACAAAACUCUAAAGACAAUCUUUCAAUAAGCAGUUUUUCAUAACUUUAUUUUAAGUCCUAUCUCUAUUACGAAUGUAUAAUCUGAUACAAAUACAGUACUGUGUUUGUCUUCCAUGUGCAACUCUCAAACAGAGAGAUCUCCACUUCCUUCUGGGACUGCUCCUGGUUGGUUUAGGCUAUACUGUACCCCUUGAGUACAUUCGCAUAUGGGCAAACUUAGAUCACUCUUCAAUUAAUGACUCUCCAUACUACCUAUGUGUGUGCAUUAGAAUGUAGGAUUUGUGUAUUUAUGUGGAAUAUCUUUAUGAAUAUAAACAGUUUAAGACACAAAUAAAUUAUGCUUGGCUUGCUCUUUCAUUUUGUAUAAUUGGCAAGGCAUGUUAAGUGAAGAAUUUUGUGAAUGUCCACUUUGAAAAGCGAUUAACUGCAUAAUAAAUAAAGAAAUUAUUACUAUUUACAUUCCUACAUAAAUAUGCCACUUCAAAGGAAAUUAAUUACAUGAGCGAAGGGCUUGAUUUAAAUCUUAGGUGAGGAUUGAGUUAAACCAAGGUAGCCUACGUACAAAAGAGCUUUUCAUGCUUUCUCUAUUUAGAAUGGCAGUACUAAGCAUGUUACUUAGUACUAAUGCCAAAGUACGCAGAUUAAAAAUAUUUCUCAUAUAAAUUCAUGGGGUGCCUCUUGAGCAACCUAAAGCAGACAUACAAAGCUGAGCAUGUAGAAUUCAUGCAGGAGAUAACAAAAGGUCAAUGGAUGUGUACAUCUCUCUAGAAAAAAGGUAUUGUAUCUUGUGACAGUUAUUUUUUUUAUAUUUUAAAAAAUAUGUACAAAUCAGAUAUAGCAAUAGACUUUACAUAAUGGAUGAAGAAAAAAUAGAAACUGGUGCAAAAUCAAUGACUCUUGGUGUGUGAAUUUCAAGAAAAGGAGCAGGUUACACAGUCUCCCAUGCUAAUUAUUGAUAUCAGGAUGUCAAGGUUUGUAGAAUGUAUUCACUAGCCACUUUGUAUGCCCAUUUUCUGCCAGACGAUGGCUACACCCAGCUUGUGGGUUUGACCAUCAGAUGAUCAGGAAAACAUACGAAUGAUUACAAAUGAGAAGAAGCCAUUUGCUAAUUCAUCAGAGAAACUCAUCCAUUUAUCUCUUGAAAGAAACUUCAGCAACAUGGCUGGGUGUUUGUUUCCUGUUUAUUCCCUUAUAUUAUUCCCUAUACACAGUAUAUUCAAAGAAGUGUCUCCUGUUCUCAGUUUUAAAUACACUUCCAUGAAAUUUCCACUUGUGUUCUCUGGUUAUCAUUAUUUCAGUAUGUUUUAGGUAACUUAAGAUCAAAUGCAACCUCAACAAGGAAACAAGCUGCCCGCCCUGCCUGAGACUGCAUACUUUGAUACCUAGUGAUCAGCAAUACUGUACACUAUUAGCCAUGCUGAUCAAUCAGAGAAUUUGUCUUUCUCUGGCAGAAGUAUCUAGAAAUACAACUGUAAUGUAUAUUGCUGAAGCCAGACAGUUUGCCAAUACACUUAAGAUAACUAUCUCAUCUCAAAAGCUUCAUCCUCCACUGUAAGCCUCUAUAUCCUUAUCUGUUAUAGAACAGCACACCUGAGCUAGACAUCUCCUCAUCUUUAAUGUGCACUAUCUUAUGUGAUUUCCGACGCUUUGCAGAGAUAGCGCAAGCUAAUACUUGAGCAGGAGACUUGGAAUUGCUGGACUAAGGAGGCGUUUUCAAGCCCUGUUUAUCUCAUAACCGAAUCAAUGUUCUUUGCACCGAUCUUCACUCAAGGCCACCAUUCCUGUGUGUGGAUGUUUAAAAUAUUUGUUUUAACUGGAGGUUCCCCUGUAGACUACAUGAGGCGUGGCAAAUGUUGAGAAAGGGAUAUGAGUCGACAACCAACGCAACACCACCAAGUAAAUGUAAACCUCAUGUAUAUAUAAUAUAGUAAGUUGACCGAGGCUGUCAAAACAUCCUGGUGCAAAUGUAUUCUCAGAAAGCCAUUAAAAGGUUUUGUAUGGGCUGGGAAAGGGGGGUCUUGGCUCCUAAUCCAGGUUGUCAAGGCAGUGCACAUGUAAAAAAGUCCCUGAAAUCAUGCUUUGAAACAGAUUCAAGCAUUAGGAAUCUGCAUGUCUCAACUACCAUCCUGCUAAAGAGAACUGUAAAGACACUAUUCUUAAUAGACCCUUCUUUCUCUAGGACAAAGAGGACAAAGAGUAGAAGGGUGUUUCAUUAGUUGAAACAAGACACUGUACACAUACUGUUAAAACAGGUACAGGUGGUGUAGUAUAUACCGUAAUACUGUAAUUAUACAGCAAGUCUCAUAAAUUUGCAGUCUGUUUUUGAUCAUUAAUUGUCUAUUGUCUUUUUUGAUAAACGUAUUGUCUGUGCUCUCCAGUGCUCUCCAGUGUUAGAUGCACUCACUGCUCUGUGGCACAGGGUGUGAGACAGCACUGCUGUUCCAGUAAAGUCCUGCUGCUUUUACUGGCAUAUAUCAUCAUCUAGUUUCUGUUUACAAGGAGCCCAAUCUAAUUAUCUGACAUACCCAAGAGCUAAACCACAGAUAAACAAACAAACAGGAAGCUCGUUUUGCCCAGCUGCUAUCAUUAAUAAUAGGCUUCCUUUUGUGUGUGUGAGAGGAGAAAAUAAACUGCAGUCACAGCUUACAAAAGAUGGGUUUGGAUUUACUGUUCAUUUCUAUUUUCUUCAUAACACAGCAUUCUUCUGUCAGGGGGAAACUGCUUACCAACUCAUUUCACUUUCUACUUAUUAAAGUGAGAAACGAGCUGAUCCAUUACAGGCUGUUUAUCCUUCUGUUUCUCUGAACUGAAAAUAAUUUCAUGAUUGCUUACAGAGGUGGCUGAACGAGCUUUUUUUCCAAUGAGGUACAGUGUAUGACCCUAGGGAAAAAGACAAGCGGUGUCACAUGAAGUUUCCCACAUCUUCAGUGCAGUCCUAGCAAAUUGACAAAAAUCAGGAACAGACCCUACAAAAUGGACUCCUGAUAAGAACUGUGUACUGUAAGAACGUGCCUGUAUUUACAGGGAAAUCCCUUACAGUAAUUGUCACACACUCCUUUGGAAUCACUAUGUUCUGAGGAAUUUCCUCUUGCCAGUACUAGCAGGGUUGAUUCAAUGAGUGAUGAAUGAGACCUUUUCUCUGUAAGAUUAGUAAUUAAUUAAAAUGAAAAUCUAAAUGAAAACAAUUCUUAGUUUCCUUUUGCAGAUACUAAACAGCAGAUAAAGUCAUUUUAAGUGUCCGAUUGAUUUCAGUGGGAAAUAUAGAGAACCAGAACACCAGGGAUCCCAUGCAAUCUUUUGUGACCAAGUAACCAGGAAGAUCAACCGGUGAAGACACACCCUGUGUGCAGUCUGGGCUCUAUUAUCUAGAUGUUGCGGGUUUGAACCUGGGUCACAUCACUAGCUGGCUGUGACCAGGAUUCCUCAAGUAGCUCCAUCCGAAUCCCUGGGUGAAGGGAUGGGAUUAGUCUAGCAGGAGUCUCCUGCCUCCCAGUUCAACAGCAACCCCUGCAGAUGCCGUCAAGCGAAACUGCUCUGCUCUCAUUGGUGCUGAACAUUGUCUACAUCUCUGUGGAGCCUGUUGCCUGUCAAAUGCUGAAUGGCUGAAUGGCUUGCCAUUGCUGGACCACUGGUGUACAUCCUUUCUCCCCAUGCAGGUACAGGGGGCAUUGCUGUGAGUCCAGAAGUGAAGGUAAAAUAGGCGUUUCACAAGUGUCGCUGCUUCUCUACUGUACCAGCCCUCAGCCCUCUUCUUCCGAGAAGACUUCAUAUACAGGCUUCUAGGGUGUAACAUGCUAUUAGUAUUUAUAAUGGCUUACGCAAAUAUCACUGUGGGUUUUUUUUUCAUAAAUGAAUACAGGUUUUUCUUGACACGCGUGCUCGCCUUUUCUUGAACAGAAGCAACAGUGUUGUGCAAGAGGUGCCUCUGAAUCAUUAAUGAGUGUUUGGUUCGAGAUCAGAAGUAGUAAUCGUGGUAGUUUCAGACAGGAAGGGUGCCUCCCCUUGCUGACAGUCUCAGAUAUGCUGCAGGGCAGCAGAAGAAUCCCACCUCUGGCCAAGAGCUUCCGUUUCUUCACACAUGAAAAGAAUACAGUAGUGUGUUCGAGGGGGGGAAGGUUAGCCCUCACUUGUGGUUGUCUAGUAAAACAUUGAUUGCAAAGCAGCAGUCAACCCACAUCAGCACGUUUCAUUCAAAGUCUUUAUUUCGGUGCACUUCAACUUAACAUUUGAAUGCAAUUCUGUCUUCCUCACUCCAUUGUGUCUUCAUUUAUUCAUCCUUGCCUUCGUUCAGAAGAAGAAAAAGACAGGCGUGCAGGCAUUCCUGGCUGUUCUUUCUGUACCCUGCCUUGGAUUGCUCAUGCUUUUCAAGGAGCUUCAAGGUGUGCCUUCAGAGUUUCCCUGUGCAGCCAGUCUGUGAGGGACCGGAUCAAACUUGGCUGCUUCUCCACUGGCCGCCGUUCUCAUUUAGCUUUCAGAAAGUUUGCUCACAAGCGCGCAGCUCUGCAGUCGUGAGCUCACAGGCAGUACAGAAUGUGCCAGUACAGCAGGAAUGAAUUUGACCCGAAUGAACAGCACAUGCAAUGAAGCGUGAAAUGUUAUGCAACAAGUAAACAUCGAUUUAUCUUUCCGUCUACAGUGCCUUAAGUGGGUUUUUUUUGGGGUUCCCAUGCAGAAUUUCAACUCCCCCCCCCUCUGAAGUUCUUGUCGAAGCCCUCAGUGGGCUCUGUCAGGGCAGGGAACUCAGUCUGAUCCGAAGCCAGGGACAGCUACGUGCCAUCUCAGCCGACCUCUGCGAGAGUGGAAAGUGUUAAGUAGUUCACAUUUGCAUACCGAAAUGGAAAGAGAGCACCUAUAUCAGGACAAAUGAUACUGUACUGGAAAACGAGACUGAGGCCUGAUGCUAAAGGGAGGUUGCAUGCAUGCAAAUAAUGCAGAUGCAGGAAUGAGAAAUGAACAAGUUAACAAGUGCAUUUGCACCAUUAAAGCGUGAAAGCCUCACAGUCUUUAUUCACACCUCUUCCCACAGUUAACUGAAAAAAAACACAUGAACUGACUAGGAGAAGAAUUUCCCAACUGUUAUCAGCUCAAUGGGGAUGUGCGUGCUCACAAUGCAGAAUCUGAUCAGAGGGCGAAAGAUGUCGAAUUCGUUGUUCAGAGCUUCCAGGGCUCAAGGAAGGGUGGAGGCUGAGGGGUGGAGUUGGUGUGUGCUUCAUUUCAUGGAGUGACAUCAGGGAUGUUGGGUGCAACCUCUGUCAAAGAUAUGUGUCACAGGGGCCAGCUAAAUAAGUCCUGCUGUGACCCAAUGUUCUCAUUUGAUAAGAAAGAUAAGUCAAACUUGUGAUCUCCUGACUUGGUCAAACUGCCCCAACUGACUCUUCUGUUACAUCAGUUCUCAGAACUCUGGCUGGUGUUUUUGUAAUGAAAGGGUUCUCAGAACAUUUUAACCUUCACACGCAAAAUUCUAACGAAGGUCUUAUCAAUGUGGGAUGACUAAAGACUGAAAAUGUUUUUUUUUACAAUUAAAUGCAACCCUACUAAACAAUUACUCAUUCAUACCCAUAUUUAAUGAGACCAGCUGUUUGCCAAGUGGCUCUUCUGUGUCUGCCCCAUCUCACUAAAUCCUUUCUCCUGCUUUCACUAACAGCAGUCAUGUCCAUAUUUCCUCAGCCUUUACACAGAAAAGGGCUUCCCUCCUUCUGAACCACACAGGUGGUACAGUGUACAGUGCAGUGUGGAGCAGGAAGAAGUUUAUUUUUCUGUUUGUUUUUAAAAAUGCACUAUCCUUCGAACAUAAUGUUUUUCUAAUGUAGAGUUAAAUUCAUAACCUAAGCUUUUCAACAAUUACUUAACCUUCUCUGUCCUCUGCAUCACAGGUGGUGAUUUCUUUCUGCAGAAGGGAAGUCCUAGCGUUUAACUCGGUCCAGAUCGUGUAGCAUUGCAGUUCUUCUAAACAUUUGUUUGUCGCUUGACUUUAAAAACGAUAGACGCUGACAGCCAGGCUAUAGAUCCAUGUCCUGUGCUUUUUCUGCAGAGAACGGCCCCUUCCAAUCCACCUAAGGGACUUAUUGAUGAUCGGACAUCUGUCAUUUAAUUAAUUCGGCUAACCAAAGUUUGUCCAUGCUGUCAGGUAGUCCAUAGACAUUUGUCUUUAACAUCCAUUCUUCCCACAGGGAUAAAAAGGAGAAUGGUCAUAAAAAAAACAAUUCUGUAUUAAUUUUACGUGUCUCUCUCUCUCCUUCUUUUCUCCUAUCCGUGCCUUUUGCGACCUCCCCCCUGUCUGAUCUCUUCUCUCACGAUCCACCCACCCCCUCUCUCUGCUCGCAGAUCAAUACAGGGACUUCAGCCUGUAACAAUUCGACUCACUACUACGACAACCAGGGGAAAGCUUGCUGCUUGAUGUGUGAGAGGGGUAAGUUCCUUCACCCAUUUAUUCUUUUCAUGGUCUUUCAUUGUUGUAAAGCCUCUCUCAAUUCUUUUGCAGUAACCACUGUCGCAGUGAUUCUAGUGCCAAAGGGCUUGUUGAGUCACAAAACAGCACAACGAAAGCCCAUCGCCAACUGUGCUUCAGAGUGGAUUACACAGGAAAUAAGAAACAGCUCAGAAAAUGCCUCACCCCCAGGAAUAACUACUGUGCCAGGAGGGCCCAAGACUGCGCUCCCUGUCCUGCCAACACAUACUGGAUGACCAAGCGUGGGGUGCCCACAUGCUCGACGUGCAACAGUCCUUGCCAAGCUGACCAGGUGCAGGUGCAGGAGUGUGCCAUGCUAACAAACCGCGUGUGCAAGUGUAAGAAGGGCUAUUUCUGCAAGGUGACAGCUCAGGAUACCUGCAGGAAGUGCCAACAGCACUCGAAAUGCCCUCCCGGCGAGGGUGUUAGUCAAGAAGGAGGUGCCACGAUCGACACAGAGUGCAUGCCCUGUCCAGCUGGCACAUAUUCUAACAUCCUGUCUGCAGAGCAGCGCUGUCUACAGCACACUAAUUGUUCCAGUCUCGGAAGGGCGGUUUUGCAAGAGGGCAACAAGACUCACGACUCGGUCUGCACCCCCCGCCUCUCCUCCGCUGCCACCCCAGGGGGAGGCACCAAGUCAUUCCUCUCAAGAGGCAGAGGAGCCCCCACGACACAGCACUCGCGUGUUAUCACCGCGGCUGCCAGGAGACUCGCGAUAACUUUAAGGAUCGGGCGUCAAGAGAUCCCAGAAGACCACAGCUUUACUCCUUACACUGUAGGAAUACACCCACACCCCACUGAACCUGCGGAAUCCACUGUACCUACAAAAUCCGAGGAUAUUGAUACUGAAUCAACUGUGCAAACCAAAUUACAGCUCUCAAGCACAGUUCCCAAGAGCCCCGUGUCUCUCCCUCGGCUGUCUGCACCUUCCCUAGUGUCUUCCACUCCUGCCAAGUCCCAGCAAGGGGCCCAGUUCCUGGGUCUGAUAUCGCUGGUGUUCCUGGCCCUGCUGCUUGUUCUUGCCAUCCUACUUUGUGUCGUGUGUAACAGGAGACGAUCCCUGAAGAGCCUACUCAAGUGGCGGACAGGACUGCAGUUUAUCAGCUAUGGCGCACAUCGAGACCAGGAGGUGGAGAGAGGGGAGAAGCAUCCGAUUCUGGGGCCGCACCAUCAGCUGCCCCCAGAGAGAGGCCCACGUGUGGAAGCAGAGAGGCCCGUGACCAGCGAGAGGCCAGGGGGCUGCCCCUUGGCAGAGCUGGGGGAGGGAGGCUCCGGCGGCACGCAGCAAGUUAUCGUCGACCGCAACAGGGGAGGAGACAGCGUGAACAAUGCCGUAGGAUCAAUCUACAUCAUCUCUCCAGGAACAGUGAUUCUGGGAGCAAAGACAGAAUGGAGGGAUGAGAUAGAGGAGAAGAGGACGGAAGUCGGAGAGCCGGCAGCUGGAGAAGCCCUUAUCAGCUUCCCCCAGCAGGAAUCCAUAAAGAACCCCGAGAACGAGGCGAUCCGGGCCAGAGACCCCGUCAGUUCCAGGGUGUGCGUGCAAGAAGAGGAGCCCAAGGACCUGUGCUUCCCUGUUCCAGCUACCAGCAAGUGAGGGAGACAGACAGGCAGAGAGCCUGGUGGGUGGAGGGGCGAAGGGACAGGGAAAUGGAGUGAACGGAUGGAGGAACCUCGAUCAAGGUACAGAGGAAUCAGAAGGAGAUGGCGCCACUGAACAAGGCACUCCGCUUUAUAUUCAAAGAGAAAGAAACAGUAAGGAUGAGAGAGGCACCGUAAAAAGGAAAAAUGUGAAAACAGAAUGAAACAAAUCCUUCCCCUCUAUAUCCCCCUCUCCCCCUCCAUCUCAAAUCCUAUAGCAGGGCACACACUGCUAGUGCCCGCUGGAAUCUUCCAUGAGGAGAUGAGCUGAAGAAAGUCCGGCUGGAUUUCUCUUUUGCUAGACUGCACUCUCUGGACGGGAUCGUUGCAGAAGCAGCAGGUGAACAUGGAUUACUGUUCUUAGCUAAGGCGCAAAGCGGAACAAAGAGAACAUCUCGUCGUAGAUUACGUGGAUUGGACGGGCUUUUCUCCUGCCCAAGCUGUGCUUGUGUGACAAGGAUUUGGAGGAGACAAUAAGCUUUGAUGGAGUAAAUGAUAUUUUUCUCAUUAGGAACUUGUUUGAUCCUCUUAAAUGGUUAUUAAGGACUUCAUGACAUCUUCUGUGUCUCAACUCUUGUAGAAUUAUAAGGUUCCCUUGAAAGUGGAGACAGGAUUGGGCUAAAAAGUUUCCAACACUGUAUUCAAGUAUGAGAUCUCUGUCUACAUACUGAUUACUGGGAUGAGCUCCAUCUGAACUGUAAUACGGCUAUAAUAACAAUUUAAGGACUUACUUCUGUCUAUAUUACUGGUAAUUCUGAGAGGCCUCUAGUAAGCAGAGGUAAUUCAUUAAACCACAAUGAAAAAGCAUGUUUUAGAUCUGAGUUACCUCCAAAAAUACGAGACAAAAUGUACAUCUAAUACAUAUAAGAGCUGUGUCAAAAUUGAACUCAUUGAAGUGCGUCUAUGUGAUAUAUUAGCCCCAUAAGUCCAUCUCCAGUAAUGACAGUACUCAAAACAUUAAAAUGGGAAGAUGUGAUGCAUGAAUACAUCAACUCAAAUGGAAGUACGGACAGGGACGUCUGUUUGACUCUUACAUCAAAGACUCUCUGCUUGUUUUCAUUUAGGCUCCUGUCUGAUUGCCUGAAUGAGAAAAAUGAAAGACAGCCAUAGGACCGCUUCAGUAUAUCCCGGUGGAUUACGCUAUGUGUGACAGGACAACAACUGUUUUUGAUACUAGAGAAACAUAAGGAGGAUAUAGCACUCUGGAUGACACAUGAGCAGAACAGGCUGCAGUACAGGGAGCAGAAGAUGUUGACUAACUGGGAGCAGGAUGCACAAGGACUCUUUGCCCAAAUGUAGCAAUUCUGUGACCAGACAAAAGGAAAACAAGACCAUGAAUCCACCAGCUGUUGUCCAAAUUAAAGUCAUAUCUGUUCUCUA